GCGAUGGACGUGUUGCAGUCAUGGACCUUCUGUUGUCUCUCAGCAGCCAACGUCGCCAUUAUCAGCAUCGCCGUGAGAUGGUACUUCCAUAGGAGCCGCUACUUCCAGCUGGGUACCGGGAUACCUGGACCCACUGGAAUUCCUCUUCUGGGCAAUACGUGUGAAGUGAUCGCCUACAGGGAAGAUAUACUGAGCUACUUAAAGGAACUACGCGACCGCUACGGUGCCGUGUGUAAACUGUGGGUUGGACCACUACAAUGUGUUGUGUUGUCGGACCCCAAGGACAUAUCAGUAAUUUUAAGUAGCAGCAAAACUUUAAGUAAGCCAAUGAUGUACAACCCAGUUAGCAUAGUCUUCGGGAAUUCGUUGCUUACUGCCAAAUUUGAAGACUGGAAGAAAUUCCGAAAAUUAAUGGAACCGACCUUCAGUAAUCGCAUCAUCGACUCAUACGUCAGCACAUUCCACGAGAAGAGCCAGCGCAUGGCUGACCUGCUGCAGGAACGCUGCCACGGAGAGCCAUUCAACAUGGCGGACUACUCGCUGCCCUGCGCUCUGGAGAUGCUCUCCGAGACGAGUCUGGGCGUGCCGAUGAACAUACAAGGUAAAAGUCAUCAGCACAGUGUUGUAGAAAAUUUCCCAAAAAUAAUUGAAUUGGGAGCAUAUUCAAUAUUAACACCGUGGAUGUGGUUUCAUUGGACUCAUAAGUUUCAAAGUUUUUAUUAUGAGGUUAUUUCGUUGGUUAAACCUAUUCAUGAUUUUGUAACUCGUAUAGUAAAAGAUAAAACGGAUUCGUAUCUUGGUUCGAGAAAACCAUAUGUUACACCUGAGGCGACCGACAAACCAAAGCCACGUUUGGGGUUUCUGGAACACAUGGUUUCAACCAUGGUGGAAAAUCCAGGACUAUUGAGCAUAGAGGAACUACAGGACCAGACCAUGUUCGUUAUCGCAGCUGGAACAGACACCACAGCCUACACCGUAGCGACCACACUGAUGCUGCUGGGAUUACAUCAAGAUGUGCAGAGGAAAGUCCUACAAGAGCAGGCAAGCAUAUUCGGCGAAGACACAAGCCGACCUGUCACGACAAGAGAUCUGCAACAAAUGGCGUAUUUGGAAAAAGUGAUAAAUGAGACAAUGCGACUUUAUCCCAUUCUUCCACUUGUGGCAAGGCGGGUUGACGAAGGUGUCAGUGUUAACAGCUACACUUUGCCAGCAGGCACAAUUGUCGUAAUCCCAAUUUAUCUAGUGCAUAGGAAUCCAGAAUAUUUUCCGAAUCCGGACACAUUCGAUCCUGACAGGUUCAGCAGAGAGAAUAGUGGCAGUCGCCCUGCUUGUUCGUUUAUCCCGUUUUCCUACGGGCGUAAGAUGUGCCUUGGCAAGAGCUAUGCUUAUAUGGCAAUGAAGACCAUGCUGUCUGUACUGCUGCGAAGAUACGUGGUUUUAGAACAUGGCUCCAGAGAUGAAAUGGAGUGUUUUAAAUUUGAUUUUUUUUUUGAAAUUCAAAUAUGGGUUUAAUAUUAAGAUAGGACAGAGGAAGAUUUGAAUGAAGCAAAUGGCAUAGAUUUAUUUUUAUAGUCCAAUAUCUGAAAAGUCACAUCAAUAAAUAGCA